AUGGGAGAACGCGGUUUAAUUGGAAAAAAUAUCAGAAAGAAAGCUCCUGAAAACCCUUUUUAUCGAAAUGGUCCAAGGAACGCUUCAAGCGCACAAAGACGAAAAUCUAAUGAUUAUGGCGCAGUAAAAUUUACAAAUAAGGAAACAAAAGAAACCAAAGCUCAAUCGACAAAGAGAAAUCAUGCAAAGUCAGAAAGAUACGGUCAAAUAUUAUCCGACAAUGAACCUGGCGAUUAUAAUGAACAUGAUGAUCAUGAUAUUAUUGAAGAGGAAAACGAAACCAACUACGUUACUAAUGAUGGAAGAAGUACUGGGUAA